AUGGCCGAAAACCCAAUCUACGGACCCUUCUUUGGAGUUAUGGGGGCGGCGUCUGCUAUCAUCUUUAGCGCGCUGGGAGCUGCCUAUGGAACUGCUAAGUCAGGCACCGGUAUCGCCGCCAUGUCGGUGAUGCGGCCCGAGCUCAUCAUGAAAUCCAUCAUUCCCGUCGUCAUGGCGGGUAUCAUUGCCAUCUACGGUCUGGUAGUGGCUGUCCUGAUUGCAGGAUCCUUGGACGCCCCGUCCAACAACUACACCCUUUACAAGGGUUUCAUCCACCUUGGCGCUGGUCUCGCCGUAGGUUUCUCCGGUCUAGCGGCCGGCUUCGCCAUUGGUAUCGUGGGUGACGCUGGUGUCCGUGGUACCGCGCAACAGCCCAGGUUAUUCGUCGGAAUGAUCCUUAUCCUCAUUUUCGCUGAAGUAUUGGGUCUAUACGGUCUCAUCGUCGCCAUUUACCUUUACACGAAACAGUAA